UUUAUUCAAAUAAUACGCAAUAUCAGUUGGAUGAACCCGAACACAAUUGUAUGCAGCAGACGCAAUAUCGAAAACGAUCCGCGGAUCGCGGUGAAUCCUUCAAGCGUAUUUUGCUUUUUUCAAUUCGUGCAUCGGUCGAACCAUUAUUUGUGCAUUACAACAAACAGAAUCCUCCUCGUAACCUACAUUCCUAAUUGUGUGUCCAAAAUCAUCAAAUUUGCAAAUUUUAGAUCGUGUCGUUUUUUCAUUAUUUUCCGGCUAUUAAAAAAACAAAAAAAAAUAGGAAAUAGGGAAAAAUUGUCGAUAUAUAAUUUUAGAAAAUAAAAAAAAAAAGAAAGAAUACUAUGGAAACGUGAACAGUGAUAAACAUUAGAAAUAGUGGUCGAAGCUCGAAACGCCGCAAACAUGCCUAUAUCUGCAUCCGCAGAAAGGUUAGCAGCGUCGCGACGCUGGCUCGACAUAGUGGCGCCGACUACGCGAAUAUAGUGAGACGACUAACAGUUGAAAGGGGAAGAAAGACGCACGAUCGAGUGCCUCCCUAACGCGCGUGGUGCAGCACGGGGUGGGAGAUAGCAAGGAAGAAGAGGAAAGCGUCGUGGAAAAACGAGAAAAUCUCGUACGCCAGGAUAAGAAGAUGAAAAUUUAACGCAAGAAAUCCUCCAUAGAAUGAAAAUAAUGUUCUGAAAAUAAUAUGAAAAUUAUCACGCAGAAAUUGCGCAUAUUAUUGGUUUUUAACAAAAUAAAAUAUCAAAUAUUUCUGCGAAUGUUUCGACGAAUUUUAUAUUAAAGCGAAUAUUAAAGGGUAUAGAAGAGUAUCAGCAUAUUGAUGUUGUAUAAGCACAUGAUUUAAAAAAUAAAAUUUUGAAAUAUUAAAUUAAGAACAAUCUUAAAAUUAUUGGAAUCAACAUGAAUAUUUAUUAUAGAUCAAUGAAAUUUUUGCAAAGAAUAGAAAAUAAUUAAAAAUGUAAUAAGAUUUCAAUGAUUGAAAUAUUAUCAUGAAAGGAUAAGAGAUCCUGGAGAUGAUUUGAUUUUCGUCACGAUUGAAAAUGUAUUUCAAAAAUGUAUGCACCUGAGGGAUAUCAUCAAAAAGAAACGGUGAAUGAAUGGAGACAAAAAUCCUUAGGUACAAGAAAUGAGAAAGAAAAAGAGAGAGAAUGAGAAAAACAAAAAAACUAGACAACUGACAGAUGGUGUAACAAAACUAGUAUAAAAAAAAGAUAGAAAAAGAAAAGGAAAAAGAAUAAAACAUGUUGGUAUGAGAGAGAAAAUAUACAAUCGUACGAAGAAGAAAGAACAGAGAAAUGGCAACAAAAAUUUAGAAAGAAUUCGUAAAGAGAUAAAAGAGACAGAUUGUGAAAAUGAAUUUACCUUCUCGAUACAAAGAAUUAAGAAAAUGUAAUUGAAAGAUAAUAGAAAGAAUGAAGGAAAAAACAAAUAAGAAGUUAUAGAGUAAAAUAAAUAACAAAGUGAAAAAGAAGAAUGGCAAAAAUGGUAAAAAUGUAACGAAGAAUCGGAAGUCUGAUGUAAGGAGCAACGAAGAACAACCAAAGAUUAGAAAGAGGGAGAGUUACGAAGGACGAGAAAGAACGAGAGAGAGAAAAUUCGAGUGAAGAAAAAGAGGGAAAACAGGGAGUAACGUUGCGGACUAUCGACCCGAUCCGGUUGGGCGCCUGCGCUCUGGCAACCCCUUCUACCGUCGAACCGUCUCGCCGGCGACGCGGCGCUCUACGCAACGUCGUUGGUGCGAUCGGUGCGACGGUGAGACCAGUGCCUCUCACGAUUCCGUUCUCGCUCUGCCCUCCGUCUCGUUAUUCCGUUCGUACAACGCGUCUGAGUGUUGCUUUGCAUCGUUACUUGUAAUAUAUAACGUUAUACUAUAUAUAUAUUAUAUAUACCUACUUAUACAUAUAUACGUAUAUAUCUGUCUAUCUACUUAUCUAUCAAUUUAUCUAUCUAUCUAUCUUCCUUUCUCUCUCUCUUUCUCUCAAGUCUCUCUUCUUCUUUCUUUGUCUCUCUAUCUUUCUCAUUUUUAUUUCUUUUCGUCGAUUGCCUGGAUUUCCAGCCAAACGUUAGCACAAGUCGUUAAUGCUUUUAGAAAGAAUACUGGAGAGACGUGUAGGAAAAAGAGAAAGAGAAAAGGGAGGGGAGAGAGAGAGAAAGAGAGAGAGAGAGUGUACUCAGCCGAAAGACACCGGUACAUAACGAACGAACGUUGUUUUCUCGUGCUUUUAUCUUUACCGUGUAUCGUCGUGUGUGUCGCGUUUAAUUUACGGCCCCUACCGACUAAGGCCGCUGUCUCCGUUCCGGAAUACACACGCGUUAUCAAAUGCACGCACGUACGCACGCGAAAAGAUUGCUUCCGGAUGCAGUGAAUUUCAGCCGGUGAACAUCACGCCGGGCCAACGCUCUAGACUGCACGAUCCACCAGCGAAUCAUUAUUACGAGAUAACCAUUCUUCUGGAUAAUUAUCAUCGCCAAAUAAGGUGAAAGAGAUAAAAAAAGAGAAGAGAGAGACAGGGAAAAAUAUAUGCGAAAUUGAAAAUCGAAAGAGAAGAGGAAAUCAAAAAUAUAUUGCUCUGCAGGAAGAAAGCAGAAACCUUAACAACGAAGACGAUGGAGUGGUAGGCUUCGAAUACGACCCACCCCUAACCUUGUUUCCUGCAAUCUAUCCGUUUUCUUCUAUCCUCUUGUUUUUUAUUUAAUCUCGUUUAAUCCCUUUCUUUAUCUUUCAUUCUUGAUUAUUAUCACAUUUAUGAUUAAUUAUCAAAAUUUUGAUAAAAUUAUCGUAUACGUAAUUUUUUUUUUUCAUAUCUUUUUAUAAUUUUAAUGUAUCGAAUAAAAUAUAAUUAAUGAUAUCCUACCUUUUUACAACAAUCUGAGUCAAAUAUCACUUACUUAUUUUAUCUUUCAUUAGAUCUAUCAUAAAUAGAUCCUUUAUAUCAAUUAUUAAUAAAAAUCAUUUAAAUUUAUUUUGUGAACGAACGCCUAUUUUUUAUUAAUCAAAUAAACACUUAAAAAUAUUAUAAUUCAGUUCGAAUAUAAGUAGACACAAAGGGUUAAAAUUCCAAUAAAAAUAUAUCUUUGGACAAAUUGUUAUAGACAUCUACUACUUUCCUUUUCUUGUCUUUUCCACUUUAUCUUAUUAUAUGAUAUUGACACACAUUAUUUCUCUUUCUCUGUUCUUUCUUCUCCACUCUCUCGCUAUGGCAUCGCCACGCUGGCGGCUCGUACACCGACGUUCUACAUCCAUUUAUUCGCACGCAUGCACUGAAUACGCGCGCGAGCGCGCGCGCACAUACACGUCCUUCAUCCUCGUGCACUUGUAUAUACGUGCGCACGUAUGCUCAGACGGAGCACAAGCCGAACGUCCGAUCACCGUUCGCGAAUACUUCCUUGAAGGGAGAAGGAGCAGGAGUAAAGCCACGGCAGAAGAGGAGGAAGGACAGUGGAGGUAGGAGAAAGUGGUAGAACGGAGGUGGUAGAACGGAGGUGGUGGUGGUGAGGAAGAGAAGAGUAGAAGAAGAGGGAAGUGAAGCAAGUGUAGCUGCAUCGUUGACACCGAGGAGCCUUUUCCUCGGGAGGAAAUCAACCUGGCCUGACGACUGUGUCUGUCGUCUAAACGGCCCCGUCGCUACUGCAGCGGCUGUGUGUCACUACUGUUCCACUGCCCCACACACCGCGGCCUCAUGAUUGGUUCAUUCUGGAACCUCUGUCGUGCGUGCCCUUCAAUGCCAAUUGACAAGCAGCUCCAUUCAGAGUAUAGGAGCACGUACACAUGGCACGAAUAUACUGGGCCGCACCAGGAACAAGUUGUUCGUCGAGCACCACAACCCCCGCCGACAUCGACGAAGCAAGCGAGCGCGAAGCUACAAUCGGCCAAGUCAACCGAGGAUGAGAACAACGAAGGACCCACUUUGGAACCGCCAUUGCCACGGCGAAAGAAAUGUCCGGAGCUUGCGUACAAAACGCACGAAUUCAUCACGGCAGCCGAUGGGGGUGGUAUCGAUGCCGUCGAUUCCAACGUUGUAGCUGACAAAGUUCGAGAAGUUACAACGCAGUCGGGUUUACCACCGAGUCAAUUGAGCAAAGCAAUCUCACGGAUCAGCACCGAGUAUCGGUUGCAGUUUGCCUGGCCUAGAAGACCCCAACUGACGAAUGGCGAGACAGUGGCACCAGGAGUGAUGGCUGCCGGACUCCCUGCAGGUACGACAGGACCACCUAGAAAGUCUCUCAGCAUGGGAGCUCUUAAGCAGGGUAUCGCUCCUACAGGGCCCGCCCCGGUUCACAAGAAACGUCCCGGUGAUGUCGAUCAUAAGCGUGAUGGGAUGCAAGCAUCGGAGCUAGAACCUUUGGUCGGAGGAACUGGAACGGACACUAUCGACGGAGUGGUGCCCGAGGGCGAUGAGCGCGAGGAAGACAUGUCGGACUUGAAAAUAACUUUCAGGGGUAAAAAAUCAGGUAGGACCGUAAGGAUAUCGGAUGAUAAAGGGCUGAGCAAACCGCAGGAGAAACCGUUUCCCACUGCUGAAGUCAUCGAGCUUAGACGACUCGCUGACGAGUACAAGCAUCGCGACUGGGGUUGCGGUCUGGCAGCCGAGGACGAGGCUUCGCUGUGGAAACGGGUCUCCAGUAACCACGCUCUCAACGCGCUGUCCCUUGCCAGGUCAGUAACGAAGGAAGAGAAAGAAAAAGAGAACACGAGAAAAGUUGCUCCGGUUACUGCCGCGAUGACCAUGCCUCCUGCGGGUCGACCAUCUUCGGUUCAAGCUAGACCCAUUCAUGGAAUUUUGCAGGAUGAUUCUAAAGCGGAUACGGAAAGAGCUAUUGCUCGCGCAAGAAAAGAUUUCUUGAUCCGCCAUCAUCUGGAUCGUACUACUGGCGUGGGCGAUGGUGCACUGCUUCCCUCUCCAACGAGAGAAAAGUUGGAGCCCGUGAUACCACGACGUCGAGAGGAAACGAAAGAGCACCGCGAAGAAAUUCAGCCUAAAACGAAAUCCAGCCCUAAGAACAGUCCAAGAACCGGUCGUUCGCAGAGUCUUGGUCCAACUGUGACGGAACGUCGAUCACCUAAACGUCAGCCGCCUCGUGCGCCUUCCGUCACUAAAGAUGCCAAGGAAAAGGAGAAGGAACCGAAGGACAAGGAGAAAGAAAGGGAGAAAGGCGGUGAGCCUGAAAGGCAUCCACGACCGACGGGUGUUUCAGUCACGGGCCCUGGCCGCGUGCGUUGGAGCAUACGGGAACCGUCGACGGUUUCCUCGACGGGUUCGUCGACCAGCGUGCCACCAUUACCGCCACCACCCUCGGGCCCAGGGCCUACUCCGUUCUACAGGAGGUCCCCGCAGGUCCAUCGGAAAUCCUUCCUCGCAACCACAGCUCCCCCCUAUCGCCCCCUUCAUCACAUCAAACCCUCAACCACUACCACGAGUACUACCACAAUUACCACUACUACUACCACAACCACUAUCACUACCACUACAAACACAACAAGUACAAGCGUAAAACCCCCGGUAAAACAUUCGAUUCAUACGAGUGUCCAUCACCCACCUACGUCGAGCGCUGCUGCUGCGGCCAGGCCGGACCGUGUUAAAGAUAUAAGCCGAUCCCACCAAGGUCCAAACGAAGCUCAGGCAAAAACGGGCCGCGACCAGUCAGCUGCGGCUGCGGCCGCAGCCGCCGUCGCCGAUCCAUCCAAAUCAUCCUCCGAUAGUCGAUACGCGUCAAACCAAGCCGCUACCGCCGUCCAACCUAUGACGGCAGAGCCACAAGUAAACGGGGACGUGACAGGUGGAGAGUCGAGUGUCGCGUCGACACCACCGUCCCAGUCUCAGGCGCCAGUUUCAGCCACCGCCGCAAGCCCGUGGAUCGACGACGAGCCGGUAGUGAAAAGUCCGCCAGAGCCAACCAGGGUAAAGUCGCCGGAACAGAUGAUCAUGCGCUCACCGGAACCGGUCAACUGGACGGUUCCAUUAGACACCGGGAAAACAUUCACUGUCACGCAAAACGUUAGAGAAGAACCUCUGACGCGUCCGCAUAGCGAGGCAAAGAGCUGGGCACCUUCGUCGGUUCCAUCGGCUCCGCAAUCUGCACCACCUGAAUUAGCGGCACAGCACAAGUCGCAACAUUCCCAACAUUCCGGAUAUAAAUCUCCAGAAAGUGAAAGUGUUUCUAUAGGUAGCUUUAGCGGUUUGAACGGACACAAGGACAUGGACUCCGAAAGGGAUAGUCCGUUGCCCUCGAAUAUUCAAACCGGCGGCACUCCCACACACGUUGACGAUGAAACAGGCGGUAUCGAAGAAGAAUCUAAAGAACAAAGAUCGGAUCCAUCAAUAAAAUCCGUAGCAGGGACGAGUUUAAGAUGUCUAGAGGAUCCAAGUUUUGAAUAUGAGAGCAAAAAAGAAGGUAGUCAGCCAACAACCACGGCGACCAUGACAGCCCCGUCAUCGACGACGACUCCUCAACAGGGUUACCGUAUCUUAGAGGCGGAGUCGCCUCAAGGUGGCGCCAUUGAUAGUGGCGGUGCCGGUAACGUGGGUGGAAUAGGAAGUAGCGGGGGUGGCUACCAUGUACUGGAAGCGCCGACAGUGGUUCCAGGCUCUGCACAACGUUCCGCAGCGAGCGAAGUGCUGGAAAAAGCACGAAAUCGUUUCGAUAAAUUCUGGGGAAAGGGCAGCGGCUCAGAGAAUUAGGGCGUUCAAUGCGAGAAAAUAAAAGUAGUAGCAAUGUUCUCGAAAGCGGAGGAGCAAAGAGAAACGAAAAAGACGAAGGUAGAAGAGAAAAGGAGAAUAAAUGAUAAAACAAUUCGACGAGGUUCCUAUGGAAGCUCCUUUCCUGAUUCGUCUUCUUGUUCCGGUUGUUUUUCAUCGGAAACGAGAUAUCUCGUAGGUUCCUUUCCGUCUUACUCGUCACGUGCUGAGCGUUCUUCGUUCUUCCGGAAACGCCUCGAAAAAUUUGUUCGAACAUUUUCUUUAAUUCGGUCACAAAACAUAUAUAUAUAUUGUAUUCAUUUCAACUUUUGGUUGAAAUGAUAUAUUAUAGCAGGAAUUUUCUUUUUAGAAAAAAUUUUCUUUUCAUUUUAUUUCAUUAUUAUUUAAACACGAAAAAAAGAAUUUUUCGAACUUAUACGAGUGCUUGAUAAUGUAAUUGAUAAAAUUUCGAAAAAAAAGACGUCGUAGAGAAAAAAGAAUUGGUAAAUAUAUCUUCUCUAGAAAAUGAUCGAGGAAAACGAAGAGGUGCGUGCAGGGAACACAUUUUAUUAAAAUUCGAAGAAUAAUUCGAAUAAUGCAUUUGAUUAUGUACACAAAUACACAGUGUUGUGCACACAUUUUUUAAUUUGCCAGAAAUAUAUUCGACUGAAAAAUGAUUUUAAGUCGAAAUGAAAAAAAAAUGUUAAAACAAAAAAAAUCUAAUUUCCAAUUUGUAGGACAUUCAGAUAUACAUAAAUACACGCGAUACCACGCGAUGGGAUACAUAGAAAGGCACGCACUUAGACGAGUAUGCGAAUCAAUAAGUUUCUAAGAUGUUUCAAGUGAUCUUUCGAUGUUUCGACGAAGGAUCAGCCGUAGUUAAGUCCGAAAUUUUUUUUCCAUUAAGAACAAGAGAAUGAAGAGAAAAAAAGAAAGAAAAUAAUCGACGACGAAUCGAAUUGCGAGGAAAUAAAAUACGGCUUGUUGCUAUAAAUAAGGAGAGAAGGAUUCAAUAACCUUCAACCGCUUCGUGCAUUUUAUAUAAAUCUAUAUACAAAAAACAAUUAUGUACGUAUACACGAAUAUGAAUGUGUACAAUUAAUGGGUAUUGCACUCGCGGAUUACAUAAUCACGGAACCGAAAAUAUUCCUAGGAUCUUUCCUAUCAAUCAUCCAAUUUUUCGUCUUAUCGAUCAAUUUAAAAAAAAAAAAAAAAAAGAUCUCUAGAAAGAAAGUUGAUCGUCCGCGAUAGAUCUGUUAAAUUAUUAUUGAUAGUACCGUGAAAAGAUUAGUUUCUUUUAAAUACAAACUAACAUUUUCUGCCGAUUUAACAAGUUUGCCGAUUCAGAAAUGGAUAUAUUCCAUUUUUAUAUAAAAUACUUGAUCGUUUUUUAAGAAAUUUAUAGAAUCGUCUGUAUUAUUAUUGCACAAGGCUGACAUUUUUCAAUUGUAUCAUAUUCAUAUUAUUAUUACAAAUCUUUUUAUUUUUUAUUCGUUUAUCUUAUCUUUCUAAAAAUCUUCAGUCUUUCUUAUAAGUACUUCGAUAUUUUAGUCUUGAAUUUUCUUCAAAAAUUUUCUGAAAAAAAAAACGAUCAAGUAACGAGCAAUCUCCGGAAAAAAAACUGGCAAACGAAAACUAUCAUCAAGCGAAAUGAAUUACUGUAGUGAGGCGUAGUGUUUUUUUCAUGCAUAAUACAAAUUCUCGAGAACAACCGGGAAAGACGAAUUAAUCCAAUUGUUGGGAACCGACGAGAAUCGAAAUAAAACGAAGGGAAAUUUGCAAUUCCUACGAAUUUCGCGCGAGAAAUCACGCUUUUACGCGUCGCUUGAAUUUAUGACUAGAAACUUGGUAUUAGUUCAAAGUAUAUUGAAAUUAUGGAAUAAUCUGAAAAAAAAAAAAAGAAAACGGGAAAGAGAAGAAUGAAUAUUAACUUCCCGUGAAAUGUUGUAUUCCGUCUGAUUUCUUACAUGAUAAAUUCAUUCGUACGUUUCUCUUAAGAACGAAUCGAAGGUAAAGAAGAAAAGAAAAGAAAAGAGAUUCGAUAUGUCCGAAGCUUGAUAACAAGGGAAAUCUUCCUAUUUUAAAAUAUAAGAAAUAAGAAGAAACAAAAUAAAUAAAUAAAUAAAAGAUCGAAGCAAUCUUUUUAUGAUUAUAAAAAGAUAUAGCAUUCCCUUGUUCUUGCUUCGAGGACAAUGGAAGGAGAGCAAAGAGAUAUGCAAAGAAAAAGAAAAAUACCGAACGACUCAAGCGACGGAGCUUUUUCUCUCUUUCACGCGCAUUUGGUACACCGGUACACCACACUCCAUCCAGAUCCACGUCCAAAAGUCAACCAACCGUAGUGAAGCAGUAUAAUGAUAAUGAUUAAUAUGAUAAACGAUAAUCUAGUAAUAAAAAAAAAAACUACUAAAAGAAAAAAAAAUAAAUAAAUAAAAAAAACGUAUGGAAAAAAAAUUACAAAAUGCAAAUGACUGACGAGGGACUAGAUGAAAGUGUAAAAGAUCAGGGUGUCGAUUGUAGGAACAUUUUUGAAAAUAGUCGAACGAUAGCCAAUCAAUGAUAAUUAUUUUUAUCAUUAUUUAUUAUUUAUUAAUUAAUAGAUUAUUAAUUAUUAGUUUUUAAUUUAAUCGAAUUAUUUAGUUUCUUACAACAACAAAAAAAUUGUAAUUUUAAAUCAAAAAUUGAUAUGAGAUAUUUAAAAUAUUUUCAUUCAUUGAAUUAUUCAUUUGAAUAAUUGUUUAAAUUUUUUAAUGCUGCAGCUUAUUCUUUGGAAAUAAUUUUUAGGAUUAUGAUAAUUGAUAAUGUGAAGAAAAAAGAUAUUGAUUCUUAAUGGUAUAGAGAAAAAAAAAAUAUUGAAAUUUAUCAUUGAUUGUGCUACCGUCUCAAACAGUUCAAGAUAUCGAUAGAAAAUAUUUGCAUCUUAAAAUUCUUUUUUUUUUUUUUACUUUUUUUUUUUUUUAUAAAAAUUUCAUGCCAUUUUCCUUCUUUCCUCAAUUCUCCCUUUCCUUCCCUCGACUGUGUUUAGAAAGAAAAAAACGUUUAUCUCUGCUUACACCGAUCUGCCUGAUUCAAAGAUGAAUAUUAUCAAAUGAAAUGGAAAAUGAAAAAUGGAAAAUACAAAAAAUGCAUGACUUUAAUCAAUAAUUUAUUAGAUUAUUAAAUGAAUUCUAUUUUUUAUAUUUAUUUGAAUAUUUUUGCAUAAAAUUUUCUAUCACUUCUAUUUUUAAUGAUAAAAUAAUAUUUCCAUUGUUUUAUAAAUAUUCGUCUAGAUUUCUAUCCGUUUUUAAAUUUGUCUUUAAUAUUCAAUUUCGUGAUUCUUAUGCAUAACAUUAUAAAAUUCUUUAGUAAUCUUAUAUCAGAUAUCGAAAGAUGUUUUCGAUGCAAUCACUAUUCUAUCUAUCAUCGUAAUAAGCGUUUAAAUUAUUUACACAUUUUAUUAAGAUCGUUUUGAAAACUUAAAAAAUAUAAUAUUUAAUAUAAUUAUAAUUAAAAUUAAAACCAAACAACAAAGAAAACUAAAACAAUACUAUUACAAUAGUUCAUUGAAAAUCAAUAUUCUUGAAAGAUUCAUUUGAAACAGUGGCAUUAUAUAGAAUAUUAUUAUUAUUAAUGGUUUAUUAUAUUUCUCUAUUAUAUAAUAAUUAUUCAAAUUGCAUUAUUAGGGAGAGAAAGAGGUGAGGAUAAUUAUGAUAACAUAUAUUUAUUUGUUGCUAUUGUUAAAAUUAUUAGAAAAUUUUUAACAGUAUCACUAAAUCAUAUUAUUUUUUUUUUAUUUUCUUAGCUAAAUAAAAAAAUAAAAAAAAAAAAGAGUGCAAAAAGAGAGAAAGCUUGAACAGUUUGGUGUAAGCCCAUAAAAACGGAGACGGAAACGUUGAUCAACAAGGCUAGUAACCAUUUUAAAUAUGUUGGAGAAGCACCUCGCAGAAGCUUACACUGCCUUUCCGAAUUUAGAAGCUGAUUUGUCCUGUGAUUUCCAGAACGUCACACAUCAUCAUCUAUAAUGGCUACUAUGUACAUUAUAUUCAAUCGAUUUAAAAUAUGAAUCACGAAACACGCAUGCAGGCACAGAAGGAAAAUGAUUCUCUCUGUUUUCAAAGGAAGUAAGAUCCUAAUGAAUACUGCGAAACAAAAUAAAUAUUUAUUCAUUUUGAAUUAAAAUAUUUAUUUAUUUUUAUUUGAUAGAUAAUCGAUAUCGAAUGCGAUUUAUUAAUCAUUUGUAAGAUUUUUCACAAGACUAUAAAUAAUGUCUUGAUAGUGAGCAAAAGUUUGACAUAUUAUUUUACUUUAUAAUUACACGCAUAUCUAACAAAUAUAGAUGAUAUGUUUAAGAAAAAGGCUUGGAAAUUCAAAAACCAAAAGUUUAUGAUAAAUUUUCCUUCUAAUCAAACAAACGAUUUAUUAUUUCGUAUAAUUGUUUUCUUUACCAAAAUUUAUUCAAUUCAACAUUUCCCUCCCCGUUGCUCCGAGCCUUUCUUCUCAUUUCUAUACAUAGGCAGAUCUACUCCUAAUGAUUACAAAAUCAUCAAAUGGAUCUUAUAAGAAAUAACAAAUAUGAAUGUGCUGGCCACAUUCAACAAAUCAAGAUUCAAAACAGAAACUAUGAAUAAAAGUGUAGUAUUUUAGAAGAUCUUUUUUUAUAAUUCAGAAAAAAUUGGCUAUUGAAGACUCUGAUGGUAAGAAAUACGCGAAAAUCAUUUUAUUUUAAAACAAGUAAACAAAAAUAUUUAAAAAAAUGCAAUAUUUGAAUGAUUAUUGUUUCAGAAUUUCGCCUGUAUUCUCGCCUCAGUCUUUAUGCCUAUUAAUACAUAGAUAGAUUGUGCUAUAUAUAUAUAUAUAUAUUUAUAUAUACAAAUAUAACUAUAUAUACAUUAUAUAGUAUAUUAUGAAAAAAACAAUGCGAAUGAAAAAAUAUAAAACAUUAGAUUAAAACAACAAUCGAAACAAAGCCUGUUUUGUUAAAAUAAGAGAAUCACGUGUAACGGUCAAUUAUUAUAAGAAUAAUGACAAUGAUGAAUAUGCUUUAUAAUACCACGAAUAACGUGAAUGAUUUAAUUUAUUUCUUAAUUUUUUUCCAUCAAUUGGAUCGAUUCUUCAAUUUAAAAUAUUAAUUUUUUAAAAUAUUAAAUAUAUAAAAAUAAAUCUUUUUUUCUUUCCUUUUUUUUUUAGAAAAAAAUUUUUAAAAAGAAAAACAUGAUUAAUUUAAUUAAAAAAUGAAAUAUAACAAGUUUUCUCGUAUUUUACAAAACAGAUUGAGAAAAAUUUGCAAUUGCAAAGUUGAAAUCAUUAUUAAGAAUAGCAAACAGUUAUAUACAUAACCUGUUUUUUCGAAUAUAUAUUUUUUUUUAUGUAAUUCUAUAUCCUUAAAUCAAUAUGUAAUCAUUUGUUACAAAAUAUCGAAUUUGAAUCAUUUAUCAUAAUGUAACAUCUUGUUAUUUAAUCAAUGAUAAAGAUGAUAAAAUUAUUAAGACAUUUCAUCAAGAAAAAAAUUAAAAAAAAAUUUUAAGCUAUACACGAAUUUUUAAAUGAUUCGAUUAACUGCCAAGUCAUAACAUCUGUAUAUCAAUAUAACUUUCUCCACUUUAUCGCAAACAAUUUAAUUACUUUCCUAGUGUUGAAUCCGAAAAUAACGCAACAAUAUUUCGAUGUUUUACAUUAAAUUAUAUAAUUAAUUAUAUAAUUAAUAAGUAACAAAAACUUGAUAACGUGCGACUGGAAAUUUCAGGAGUUCAAUUUUUACGAUCACAUUUUUUUUCUCAUAUCCUUUUUCCGCACUCAAUGUGCACAUAUUGGGACUGAUGUUGAUCUGUAUAGGAAAAUUCAUGUUUGUAAAUGAAAGCAAACCAAAGAGAAAGAAAAUGAUUACUUAAUGUGAGAUAUUAAAAAAGAAAUCACGGCGAGCAUAUAAAUGUUAAGCAUUACGUAACACUACGGUACUUUUGCGCAUCCCCUUCUCGUCCAAAAUUGCGUUUUUACUCUCCGAUUGCAUCGUAGAGGAAAAUCAUUUAUUACAAUAAUUGCAAAUUAUUAUGGCUAUAUAUAUAUUAUAUAUAUAUAUAAAUAUAUAUAUUAUAUAUUAGAAAUUGAAAUAUUCGUAAUAAAGAACACGCCGACGCUUCCUGUGA